UUUUUAGAUGCCACAUGAGCCAACAUAGCAGACAGAGCAACAUAUUCCUGCCAGAGCUUGUCCUGGUUCUAACGGUAGCGGUGUGGCCCAGUCCAGAACCGACCAGCAGUCAUGGAUGACGUAUAUAAAGCAGCGGUAGAGAAUCUGACAGAGGAGCAGAAAAACGAAUUCAAGGCUGCCUUUGACAUCUUCAUUCAGGAUGCUGAAGAUGGCUGCAUCAGCACAAAAGAGUUGGGGAAGGUGAUGAGAAUGCUUGGACAGAAUCCAACUCCUGAAGAGUUGCAGGAGAUGAUCGAUGAGGUGGAUGAGGAUGGGAGUGGCACCGUAGACUUUGAUGAAUUCUUGGUUAUGAUGGUCCGAUGCAUGAAGGAGGAGAGCAAAGGGAAAUCAGAAGAAGAGUUGGCUGAACUUUUCCGCAUGUUUGACAAGAACGGGGAUGGCUACAUUGACUUAGAAGAACUGAAGAGCAUGCUGGAAUCCACCGGAGAACCCAUCACGGAAGACGACAUCGAGGAGCUGAUGAAAGACGGAGACAGAAACAAUGAUGGGAAGAUUGAUUAUGAUGAGUUCCUGGAGUUCAUGAAAGGUGUUGAGUAA